UUAUUCCUCUCUUCUUCCUCCGGUGACAUUUUUGUUGGAGACUUUGUUUCUCGCCGGCUCUUCUUCUUGCGUUACCUCCAAGUUUUGGAGAUCGUCCUUUCUGUUUUUGUUUUUGUGAUCAUCCAUGCUUUGAGGCAAAAGAAACGUUUCGGCCUACCCAUAUGGCCGUUCUUAGGAAUGUUACCUUCAUUGGUGUGUGGUCUUCGGAGCAACAUGUACGAGUGGAUUACUGAUGUGCUUCGCCAUCAAAAUGGGACUUUUAGGUUUAGAGGUCCUUGGUUUAGUAAUCUCAAUUGUGUUGUGACUUCAGAUCCUCGCAACUUAGAGCAUCUUCUCAAGACCAACUUCUCUAAUUUCCCCAAAGGAAAUUACUUUCAUGACACGGUUAGCGAUCUUCUUGGGAAUGGAAUAUUCAGUGCAGAUGAUGAGAUAUGGCAAAGGCAGAGAAAGACUGCAAGCAUUGAGUUCCAUUCAACCAAGUUCAGGAAACUGACAGUUGAGUCAUUGCUUCAACUCGUGCAUCAUAGGCUCUUACCCAUUCUUGAAAACUCAUCGAGCAACUCAAUUUCUCUUGAUUUACAAGAUGUCCUGCUAAGGCUAACAUUCGAUAAUGUUUGCAUGAUAGCAUUUGGGGUUGAUCCUGGAUGUUUGCGUCUAGGUUUACCUCAUAUUCCAUUUGCUCGAGCCUUUGAGGACGCAACUGAGGCCACCGUGAUACGCUUUGUUACACCCACGUGUAUAUGGAAAGCUAUGAGAUAUUUUAACCUUGGAACUGAAAAGAAGUUAAAGAGAUCGAUAAAGGGUGUCGAUGAGUUUGCUGAACAAGUUAUCAGGACAAGGAGCAAGGAAUUAUUGGAGGAAAACAGCAACGAGAAUCAAAGAUCAGAUCUUUUGACAGUGUUCAUGAGAAUGAAAGAUGAGGAGGGACGGCCUUAUUCAGACAAGUUCUUACGUGAUAUUUGUGUAAACUUUAUUCUUGCAGGGAGAGACACAUCGUCAGUUGCUUUAAGCUGGUUUUUCUGGUUGCUUGACAAGAAUCCAGCUGUCGAGGAUAAAAUUCUGGGAGAGAUAUGCAGGAUAGUGAGAGAAAGAGAGGACGUCAAAAAUGGAGAAAGUAUCGAAAAUCCGCUGAUAAUUAGACCAGAGGAGAUUAAAAAGAUGGAAUCUUUACAUGCUGCCCUAUCAGAAGCUCUAAGAUUGUAUCCUUCCGUGCCUGUGGAUCACAAGGAGGUUGUUAAAGACGAUGUAUUUCCAGACGGGACAGUGCUAAAGAAAGGAACAAAGGUAAUAUAUGCAAUUUAUGCAAUGGGAAGAAUGGAAGGCAUAUGGGGGAGUGAUUGCAGAGAAUUCAAGCCAGAGAGGUGGCUGAGAGAUGGCCGAUUUAUGAGCGAAUCCGCCUACAAAUUCACUGCCUUCAAUGGCGGCCCACGGCUGUGCUUGGGAAAAGACUUUGCCUACUACCAAAUGAAAUUUGCAGCUGCAUCUAUCAUCUAUCGUUAUCGUGUGAAGGUGGUGGAACAUCAUCCAGUCGAGCCAAAACUUGCUCUCACGAUGUACAUGAAGCACGGUUUGAAGGUGAAUUUACUCAAAAGGGAAGCCUCUGAACUUCAAAAGCACUUUGUUAAUAACAUAAAAAACUAA